AUGAACAAAGAAAAUCUUACAGCGCUGGAUGAAUUCAUCUUAAUGGGCAUCACAGACCACCCUGAGCUGCAGGCUCCCUUCUUUGGGCUGUUUUUCAUCAUUUACUUGGCCUCACUGCUGGGCAACUUGGGCAUGAUCCUCCUCACCAAGGUGGACUCCAGGCUACAAACACCCAUGUACUUUUUUCUCAGACAUCUGGCUUUCAUUGAUCUUGGUUACUCAACAGCUGUGGGACCUAAAAUGUUGGUAAAUUUUGUUGCUAAUCAAAACACGAUUCCCUACAAUUGGUGUGCUACACAGCUAGCUUUCUUCAUCUUGUUCAUCAUUAGUGAGCUUUUCAUUCUCUCAGCAAUGGCUUAUGACCGCUACGUGGCCAUCUGCAACCCUCUGCUCUACACAGUCAUCAUGUCAAAAAGAGUUUGCUGGGCGCUGGUGACAAUCCCCUAUCUCUACAGCACCUUUCUGUCUCUGAUAACCACCAUAAAGAUUUUUAUCUCUUCCUUCUGUGGCAAUAAUGUUAUUAGUCAUUUCUAUUGUGACAGUCUUCCCUUGUUAACUUUGAUUUGCACAAAUACACGAGAGAUUGAGUUAAUAAUAUUGAUCUUUUCAGCAUUUAAUUUGGUUUCAUCUCUUCUGAUAGUCCUUGUCUCCUACAUUCUGAUCCUCCUGGCCAUCCUCAGGAUGAACUCUGCAGAGGGCAGGAAUAAAGCCUUCUCCACCUGUGGGUCUCACCUGACAGUGGUGAUUGUAUUAUACGGGACUCUAUUCUUCAUGUAUGUGCAGCCCAAGUCCAGUCACUCCUUUGACACGGACAAGAUGGCUUCUUUAUUUUACACCCUGGUGAUACCCAUGCUGAAUCCCAUGAUUUACAGUUUGAGAAAUAAAGAGGUGAAAGGUGCCAUGCAGAGGAUAUGGAAAAAUCUAUGCAAACUUUCUAUUUAA